GUUAUCUGGCUGGUUAUAACGGGUCUUUUAGCUUCGAAUCUGGUGUAGAAUACCCCGAAGAUUUAAAUUAUACGUUCAUGAGGGUAUUUUUGGCCUCGUUUGGUGCUUGGAUGGCUCCCUUGGCAUACUUUACCGCAAUUGAAUUAGAUUUCUCUCGAAGGGCCACGAUUCUCGUGUCGUUAAUGGUUUUGUUCGACAUGUCAUACCUUACCAUUAGUCGAUUUAUCCUUCUGGAUUCGAUGCUGUUAUUUUUCACUUUCACCACUGUAUUCUUUUUGACCAAGUUUCAUAAUCAGCGCAAUUCCGCUUUUUCAUUUGAAUGGUGGUUCUGGCUAAUCUUAACCGGAACUUCAAUCGGAUGUGUGUCCAGUGUCAAAUGGGUUGGCCUUUUCGCCACUGCUCUGGUUGGUCUUUACACCAUCGAUGACCUUUGGGAAAAAUUUGGCGACUUAAGCAUGCCUAAGAUUGAUUACAUUAAGCAUUGGGUUGCAAGAAUUCUUUGUUUGAUAUUAUUGCCAGCUUCCAUAUACGUGCUCAGUUUCGUAUUACAUUUCGCAAUACUUCAUAACAGUGGUCCGGGUGAUGCUCAGAUGAGCUCCCUGUUCCAAGCUGGUCUUAAUGGUAAUAGUUUUUCCGAAAAUCCCAUAGAAUUGGCAUACGGUUCCAAAAUCACCCUCAAAAAUAUGGGCUAUGGAGGUGGUCUUUUACAUUCUCACGUACAAACCUAUCCUAAAGGGUCGGAACAACAGCAA